AUGUUGAUGGCUGGCUUCGGAGGUUCGAGCUGGUGCUACAUUAGCAAAUGGAGUUUUGUGGAUUUUGCAUGGAGCAUCUGAAGAUGAAGAUGAGGCUUGAUGGAGUUUGUAAUACUUGUUAUUGAUGCUGAAAUUUUUUAUUUUGUUGUGUUGUUGUUGAUGCUGUGGUUUUUUGACGAUGCUACUGUUGUAGUUGAAGAUGAUGAUGGUGAUGCAAAGAAGUUAAUGAUGGUGAAGAAUUUUUGAAUAAAAAGAGAGAAAUGCUUCAUUACGAAGCGGUAA